AUGAAAGGUCGAGAGUGCGUGAACUGUGGCGCGACCUCAACCCCGUUGUGGCGUCGGGACGGCACCGGACACUACUUAUGCAACGCUUGCGGACUCUACCAUAAAAUGAAUGGCCAGAACAGGCCUCUCAUCAAACCUAAGAGACGACUCUCUGCUGCCCGUCGCGCUGGGACCAGUUGUGCCAAUUGCAAGACAACCACUACGACCUUAUGGCGCCGAAAUCAUAACGGAGAGCCCCCCAAGAACCAAGAUCUAGUCAAAUGCUGUAUUAAUCUCAAAUCACGUAGCCAUUUCUUUAGCUAUAUGAGAAACACUGAGAGAUAA